CCCUGCCCGAAAAUGAUGCUCAAACUCGUCCAUCUCCUCGGGGUGCUCGUCUGCGGCAGUCAAGCCGCCCUGCAGGUGUCCAUAUCCUUGAACAAAGUGGAGUUAAGUGUCGGAGAGUCCAAAUUCUUCAUCUGUACAGCUAUCGGUGAGCCGGUGAGGCUGGAGUGGUACAACCCGCAGGGCGAGCGCAUCGCGCCCUCCAAGCGGAUGGCGCUCCACACAGAGACGUCAAGGUCCCGGCUCAUCAUUUACAACGCCAUCAUCGAGGACGCGGGCAUCUACCGCUGCCAGGCCACAGACGCUGGCGGUCACACGGAGGAGGCCUCCGUCGUGCUGGAGAUCUACCAGAGGCUGACGUUUCAGGAUGUCCAGUCACCGCAGGAGUUCCGCCACGGCGAGACGGCGGAGGUGGUGUGUGAUGUCAUUAGCUCACCAGUGCCCGUGGUGGUGUGGUACUACCAGGAUAGGGAAAUCACUGAGGAGCACCACAGCAAGUUCCAGGUGCUGGCAAACAACAACCUACAGAUCCAUCAGGUGACCAAGGCCGACGAGGGCGUGUACCGGUGUGAGGCCAGCGUCGAGGCCCGCGGCGAGAUCGAUUUCGUUGACAUCGCUGUAGUCGUCAACGUCCCUCCGGUGUUGUCAGUGUCCCAGCAGUCCUUCAAUGCCACAGCUGACUACCAGGAAUCGGUCACCUUCACUUGCAUCACCUCUGGAUCUCCUGACCCUGUGGUCACGUGGCACAGGAAAGGGCAGCAGCUGGAGCCGUCAGAGCAGCACUUCUUCAACAGGCUGGAGGGCGGGCGCAGCAUGCUGACCAUCCGCAACAUCCGGCAGGGCGACGGGGGUACCUACUCCUGCAAGGCCACCAACAAGGCGGGAUCUCAGGAAAGAGAGCUCUUCCUCAAAGUGUUCGUCCAGCCCCAUAUCACCCAGCUGAAGAACGUGACAGCCGUGGAGGGCAGCGCCGCCAUGAUCUCCUGCGUGGCUGAGGGCGAGCCUCUGCCCGACAUCUCCUGGAGGAGAGCCAGCGACGGCCAGACCUUCGUGGACGGAGACAAGAGCCAGGACGGACGUUUCGAGGUCCGCGGUCGCCACGGCAAGUCGGUGCUGGCCAUCAGCGGCGUGAGGCUCGCCGACUUGGGCCGCUUCGACUGCGAGGCGCUCAGCAGGAUCGGAGGUCACCAGAAGAGCAUGUUUCUGGACAUUGAGUACAUACCAAAGUUCCUGACCAAUCACACCAUCUAUUACUCAUGGGAGGGGAACCCGGUGAACAUAAGCUGCGACGUGAUGUCCAACCCUCCCGCCACCAUGCUGUGGAGGAGAGAGCGCUUCACCAUCUCUGCGGAGGGAACGGCCAACACGCGGGUGCACAGCGCAGAGGGCAAGUCUGUGCUGGAGGUGACUCCUAUGUCUGACAGGGACUUUGGCCGCUACAACUGCACAGCCAGGAACAACAUAGGAGUUCGAUACCAGGAGUUCAUCCUGGCCCAGGCAGACGUACCAUCGAAUCCGUACUCAGUGCGUCUGUCGGCUGUCUCCCAGCGCCUGGCGACCGUCACCUUCAUGAAGCCCGACUCGCACGGCGGCGUGCCCAUCAGCUACUACCUGGUCCAGUACAAGGAGGUGGGCUCGCAGGACUGGAGGGACGUCAAGUCGCACAGUGUCCAGACGACAGUGGUGCUGACAGGACUGGAGCCCAACACGACGUACGAGGUCCGAGUGGCGGCUGUCAACGGGAAAGGUCAGGGGGAGUUCAGCCACACGGAGACCUUCCAGACUUUACCCAUCCGAGAGCCAAGUCCGCCGGCGGUCCACGGCCAGAGAGGAAUGGGCAAGGCCUACAGGCUGGGGCUGGUCAAGCAGGACGAUGGAGGGAUGCCCAUCGUGGAGUACAUAGUCAAGUACAAGACUGAUAAAGAGGAACAGUGGAUGACCAAGCUGGUUCCGGGGGCGAAUGAUUUUGCGAUGCUUCAGCCGCUGCAGUGGAACACGAGAUAUGAGGUGGAAAUCACGGCGCGCAACGUCAAGGGCCUGUCGGAGCCGACCUUCUAUCAGUUCUUCAUGCCACAGAAACCGGACAUUACAGCAGAAUCCCUGUUCAGCGGCCUGGGGCUGGGGGCGGUGGUGGGCCUGGGCCUGGGAGCGCUGCUGCUGCUCCUCGUGCUGGUGGACAUCAGCUGCUUCUUCCUGCGUCACUGCGGCCUGCUGAUGUGCAUCACGCGCACGCUAUGCAGCAAGAAGACAGCCACCAGCGGCAAGGGCAAAGAAAUGGAGGAGGGCAAGGCCGCCUACCUGAAGCUACCGCUGAAGGAAGAAAAUGGAAAAGAGUCUCUCAAGCCGGAUACGAUUGAAAUCAAAGUGCACAGUGACAACAGCAUCCACACAAAGCCUGACGACAGCAAAGCGUAA